CUAACCUGGAAGGCCUGCCCGCGAUCCGUCCCGCCAUCUCGAAUCGAACCCGACGUCGUUGCAUCGCAUCGACGACCAGAUGCCCGCACUGCGCGCCGGCAGCGCACACCCAUUGCAGCCAUGUUCGAGAAAUCGCUGUACGACCUCAUCCGAGGCCGGCGCAACCACAAGGGCCACGAGAAGGAGUAUAUCCAGAACUGCCUGAAAGAAUGUCGCUCCGAGAUCCGCAGCCAGGACAUGGACGUCAAGGCCACUGCCUUGCUCAAGCUCAUCUACCUCGAAAUGGUCGGCCACGACAUGUCAUGGGCUUCCUUCCAUGUCCUCGAGGUCAUGUCGUCUCCAAAGUACCACCAGAAACGCGUUGGAUACCUGGGCGCUGUCCAGACCUUUCGCUCCGACACCGAGGUUCUCAUGCUGGCAACAAAUCUGCUCAAGAAGGACUUGGCCGCCGCCCAACCGACCAUAAUCUCGCUCCCCAUUGCCGCCCUACCUCACAUCAUAACCCCGUCGCUAGCUCUGUCGGUUCUGACCGAUCUUGUCCCUCGCCUCGGCCACUCGCACCCCACCAUCCGCAAGAAGACGAUUGUUACCCUCUACAGGCUGGCUCUGGUCUAUCCCGAGACUCUCCGUGCGGCGUGGCCCAAAAUUAAGGAACGCCUCAUGGACAAGAACGAGGACCCUAGCGUGACGGCAGCAAUUGUCAACGUGGUUUGCGAGCUGGGUUGGCGCAGACCAAACGACUUUCUCCCACUGGCUCCACGCCUCUUUGAGCUGUUGGUUGACGGCGGGAACAACUGGAUGGCCAUAAAGCUCAUAAAACUUUUUGCCACCCUUACGCCCCUUGAGCCACGCCUUGUCCGCAAACUCUUGCCGCCGCUGACGGAUUUGAUCCGAACAACACCUGCCAUGUCCUUGCUCUAUGAAUGCAUCAACGGGAUUAUCCAGGGUGGUAUUCUCGGAGAUGGCGAAGACUUUGCGGCCAGCGAAGAGAUUGCUUCGUUGUGCGUCUCUAAGCUCCGGGGCAUGAUAAUGAUGAACGGUGACGCAAAUUUAAAAUACGUGGCUUUACUGGCAUUCAACAGAAUCGUUGUCACCCACCCCUUUCUGGUCGCCCAGCAAGAGGACGUGAUCAUGGAGUGCAUCGACAGUGAGGACAUCACCAUCCGGAUAAAAGCCCUCGACUUGGUGCAAGGAAUGGUCAGCAGUGAAAACUUGGUGUCUAUCGUCAGCCGUUUGAUGAGGCAGCUCAAAGCUUCGCCAUCGUCGUCGCUAGCCCACCAGCAAAGCGUGCAAAGCGCAGAUCUCGAGACAGAUUCGAGCGACGAGGCGGCCCCUGAAUCAGGCCGACGUCCCAAGUCACAGGAUCAUCCCCCUCCCCUCCCCGAAGACUAUACGAUUGAUGUGAUUGGCCGAAUUUUGAACAUGUGCUCUCAAAACAACUACGCAAGCUUGUCCGACUUUGACUGGUAUAUUGACGUCUUGACCCAGUUGGUGCGAAUCGCCCCCGUGCCUCGGAAAAGGGAGACCGACUCUGAUCUGUCAGGAUCCGUGCCGAAGCAUCUUGCAACCGACAUUUCCGAAAAGAUUGGCAACGAAAUCAGGAACGUUGCUGUAAAAGUAAAAAUUGUGAGGGUCGCGGCUGUUCGCGCAGCUGAGCUCAUCAUAUUAAAGCUCAACUCUGAAGUCACGCCCUCACAUCCCGUCGUGUCGGGGGCAUUGAAGCCAUUGGCGUGGAUCGUGGGAGAGUAUGCUUUCCAGCUGUCGUCCCCCCACGACUCGCUUGGGCACUUGCUCCGGCUUAUUCCUCGGAUCGAAUACCCGGAGAUCCUCACAACAUGUCUACAGUCCGUCAUCAAGCUGUUUGCGCACAUUGCAGGAGACGACCAAGCUCCGUGGACAUCGGAGAGGAAAGCCAGCAUGUCACUGUUGAUGUCCCGGGUUAUUCAUGUGCUGGAGCCGCUAGCACUACAUCCGUACCUGGAGGUUCAAGAGCGCGGUGUGGAGUUUAUUGAGCUACUGAAGCUCACGGCCGAGGCGGCGUCUGGACAGGCGCCGUCAACCAACGAAGUUCGCCAAGACCCGCCUCUCCUCCUCACACAAGCCAUACCGUCCCUGUUCAACGGAUGGGAGCUCAACUCAGUCGCACGUGGCGCCCAGCAGAAUGUGCCGAUGCCGGACGGGUUGGACCUGGAUGAGCCUAUCCACCCCAAUCUAAAUGCUCUUUUGUCUCAGGCGGACUCAUUGAUGCUGCCUGCACAGGGCGAGGACGAGUUUGAGACAUAUUACCACCAAAAGCCGCCGGCUACAAGCAUCUCAAACGAGCCGGCCAUCAACAGGCUCGCCGAGGUGGCGGAAGAUGUGCCGCCUAGCUCGUACCAACAAGCCGGCGAAGAAAGCUACCUCGACGCAGACAUUAUUGCGAGAAGGAAGGCUGAGCGGAUGGAGCGCAACCGGGAUGACCCGUUCUACAUCUUGGGGUCGGGCAGCUCUGGCGGAACGUCGACCCCGAUCCACAACAUUUUGGAAAAAGAAAAUGGGCCGGGUCUGGAUAUUGACUCGAUUCCCAUCAUGAAACUGGACCUCGAGAGCCUGAGCACGGGUUUAGGGAAUAGCUCGGCUCCGGCGGCGGAUAAAGCACCCCGCCAGGCAAAGCCGCGCCAAAAGAUCGUCAUUGCCGCGGACGAGACGCUCGGGGGCAGCGGGCGCUCGACGCCUCGCAACUACGAGUCUGAGAACAACUCGGACAGCUUCACCAAGUCGAAGGCCAAGAAGCUGAAGCAGAGCCUCCUGCAGGUAGACUCGAGCCACCUCCGGGAGCUGAGCCUCGAGGCGAGCCAGCCCGACGACGCACUGACGGCUGAGAGGCAGCAGCGCGACGAAGCCGAGAUGGCGCAGGCCAUGAAGGAGGUCCAGAGGCUGCGCCUCGAGAUGCAGCGCGCCAACGAGAGGAUACAGGUCGCCCAGGGAGUGCCCGCCGAGGGCAUCGUGGUCAAGAAGAAGAAGCCCAAGAAGCAGCCCAAGCUAGGAGAGGACGGUGGCGAGGCGGCGGCGGCGACUACUACCGUGAAGGUCAAGAAGAAGAAGAAGAAGGCCGCCGUUGGCGAUGGGGGUGAGGGCAGCGCCAGCACGCCGGCUGCCGAGCCCGUCGUCAAGGCCAAGAAGAAGCCAAAGAGAAUAGUCCAGCUGGACGACGACCCCGGGACUCCCGUGGAUGGCCUUUGAGAGUUGAAAUGAAAGGAAAUAGCCGUUUAAUAAAAAUAUAACUAGCUUACACUGCCUACAAAGAAACCUUUAUAGACUCGUGUUGACAGGAAAUUGACCGUUCUCUUGGCCGUGUUACCUUACA